AUGGAAAACGAGAAUACAGCUUACAAGGCCGUGGUAAAUGACGCCACCAUCUUCAAACUGGAACUGCCAACCAAACAGAAGGGUGUUGGUAUGAAGACUCAGCCGGAGUCCAAGUGUCCGGAGCUGCUGGCUAACUACUGUGACAUGCUGCUAAGGAAAACCACGCUCAGCAAGAAACUCACCUCAGAGGAGAUUGAGCUCAAGCUCAAAGAAGUGCUGCUGGUGUUGAAGUACGUUCAGAAUAAAGACGUGUUCAUGCGUUACCACAAAGCACAUCUGACCCGGCGCCUGAUUCUGGACAUUUCAGCAGACAGCGAGAUUGAGGAGAACAUGGUGGAGUGGCUGAGAGAGGUAGGAAUGCCUGCUGACUAUGUGAACAAGUUGGCCAGGAUGUUUCAGGACAUCAAGGUCUCAGAGGACCUCAACCAGGUCUUCAAGGAGAUGCACAAACACAACAAGCUCGCACUACCAGCGGACAGUGUGAACAUUAAGAUCCUGAACGCUGGAGCGUGGUCCCGCACCAGUGAGAAGGUGUUCGUCUCUCUGCCCACGGAGCUGGAGGACCUGAUCCCUGAGGUGGAGGACUUCUACAAGAGGAACCACAGCGGCAGGAAGCUGCACUGGCACCACCUCAUGUCCAAUGGCAUAGUGAGUGAGCAUUUCUACAGACACACAGAAUACAUGCAGAGACACACCCUCUGAACCCUCUGAAGUCUA